AUGGCUGAUCGAUCGACGCGGAUUGCUAUAGUGAAUGAAGACCGGUGCAAGCCGAAGAAAUGUCGUCAAGAGUGCAAGAAGAGCUGUCCUGUUGUCAAGACAGGGAAACUUUGUAUCAAGGUGACUCCUACUUCUAAGGGUGCUUCCAUACCGGAGUUGUUGUGUAUCGGAUGUGGUAUCUGCGUAAAGAAAUGCCCGUUUGAAGCCAUUCAGAUUAUCAAUCUUCCAAAGGGGCUUGAGAAAGAUACAACCCACAGACAUGGGGCCAAUGGUUUUAAAUUACACAGGCUUCCAGUUCCAAGACCAGGGCAAGUCCUAGGUUUGGUCGGAACAAACGGUAUUGGAAAAUCAACGGCUCUCAAAAUCUUGUCUGGAAACAAGGAUCACAAACCAAAUCUUGGCAGAUUCAAUAAUCCUCCGGACUGGCAAGAAAUUGUGGCUCACUUCCGCGGGUCAGAACUCCAAAGCUAUUUCACUAGAGUCGUCGAAGAAAAUCUUAAGGUACUACAGAGGUUUGCGAUUGCUGCAGUAUUCUUAACGAAGGCUGAUAUAUACAUGUUUGAUGAACCAUCUAGUUUCCUCGAUGUGAGGCAAAGACUCAAAGCUGCUCAAGUUAUUCGCUCUCUCCUCAGACCUAACAGCUAUGUGAUUGUUGUGGAGCACGACCUUAGCGUCCUUGACUACUUGUCGGAUUUCGUUUGCUGUUUGUAUGGGAAACCAGGAGCAUAUGGUGUUGUGACUCUUCCCUUUUCUGUUAGAGAAGGCAUCAACGUCUUCUUGGCCGGGUUUAUUCCUACUGAAAAUUUACGUUUUAGAAAAGAAUCUCUGACCUUCAAGGUUUCCGAGACUCCGCAAGAGAGUGAUGGAGAAGUGAAGUCUUAUGCAAGAUACAAAUACCCAAACAUGAGUAAGACUCUUGGAGGUUUCAAGCUAGAAGUGAUGGAAGGUGAAUUCACCGAUUCUCAGAUUGUUGUAAUGCUUGGAGAGAACGGUACCGGGAAAACAACUUUCAUCAGGAUGCUGGCAGGUGCUUUGCCACCUGAUGAUGGUGUAGAAGUGGAUAUGCCAGUGUUUAACGUGUCAUACAAACCGCAAACGUAUAACGUGAAGCGAAAGUGUACAGUGAGGCAGUUGCUUCAUGAGAAGAUCCGUGAUGCGUAUAUGAAUCCUCAGUUUAAAUCGGAUGUAAUGGACUCGCUUCUGAGUGAGCCGUUGAUGGAUCAAGCAAUAGACACACUCUCGGGUGGAGAGUCGCAGAGGGUUGGCAUAACUUUAUGCCUUGGGAAGCCUGCUGAUAUCUAUCUGAUAGAUGAGCCAAGUGCGUAUCUCGACGCAGAGCAGAGAAUCGAAGCUUCAAAGGCAAUUAAGCGGUUCAUCUUGCGCACAAAGAAAACUGCGUUUAUUGUGGAGCAUGACUUCAUAAUGGCGACCUAUCUUGCGGACCGAGUCAUAGUUUAUGAAGGACAACCAUCCAUCAAGUGUAUGGCUCAUUCUCCACAGUCACUUCUCAGCGGAAUGAACCUCUUCUUAUCGCAUUUGAACAUAACAUUUAGACGCGACCCGACUAACUUCAGGCCAAGGAUCAACAAAUUGGAGUCCACCAAGGACAGAGAGCAGAAGUCUGCAGGCUCAUACUAG